AUGUUCAAUAGCAGUCACCACUCGGAUCAAUGCGAAAUAAACAAUGGAUCUAGACAUUCUUCUCCUGAUAAUAAUGACAUCGUUCAUACAUUAGAUCACGGGAAACAGUAUAAAACAAAAACAUCUAUGCAACAAAAUGAUGAGUCAAGAACACUUUGUUCAAAUGAUAAUCGUCUUAAAUUUGUUGAUAUAUUAGUGUGUGGUUUAUGUCAACAAGAUUUUCAACUAAGCGAUAUUGUACAAUUUAUUCAACAUAAAAUGCGUUGUGGAAAUAAAGAAAAUAUUCCAUAUUUUAUGCAAUGUCAUCAAAAUCAUCAGAGCGAUGAAGAUAAUGAUGUCGAUGAACAAGAAGAUGUAGAAAAUACAAGAUCAAAUGAACUGACGAAAAAUCAUCAAAAAAAAAUAAACAAAUCAUCCUGUUGUAAAAUAUUGGUUGAUGCAAGUGCAAAUACAUUGAAUACAACAAUUGAGCCAUACAAUUUUGAAUGUAGUCAAUGUGGCGAUGUAUAUAGUACAGCCUGGUUUCUUAUUCAGCAUUAUCAAAAAAUACAUCAGAUAAAAAUAUACAAUACUUGCUUAAAUGAUACAUCAGUAGCUUCAUCGUCAUCAAUCAAUUCUACUCAACAUACAAAUCGUCAUUCAAAUAAUUCUUCUCUUGAUAUUGAUAUCGUGUUAUUAGCAGCAGCAGCGGCGGCCAAUUGCUUCAAGGAGACAACGCCAACAUCUUCUCGUUCACUAGCCACCACUCUUGGAACAAAUACGACUAUGGCCAAUAAUGAAAACAGUCAUCUAUUAUCACCUUCGACUCCUAGUCAUCAUUCUAUUCAUUCAUCUAAUACACCAUCAUCUUCAUCCACAUUUGCUUCAAAACAGUUAAUUGUUGCUGCACAAAUUGCAGCACAAAAUAUUUUACUUGAACAGCAACAAAAACGUAAUUCAUUAUCAAUUUUAACCAAUGAUAAUAAUUCUUCAUGUCAGAUUAACAGUGAGUGUUAUUUAACUGGAUCAAAAUCUAGUACAUAUGUAUCAUCAACAAAUUCAUUAUUAUGCUCUUCAUCGUCUAUAAACAUUGAUCAAGAGCAAGAUACAAAUCUAUCGAGCAGACAUUCAACAUCUGACAAUUGUUCUAAAACUGAUAAUGACGAAGAUCGUUUCAUAACGUCACCGUCAAAGAUCGACUAUUUUUUAACACCAAAGUCAGUCGAUCUGACAACACGAAAAAAUAAUCAGCAUCAACAAAAAUCAAAAUCGAGAAAACAUAAUCGAAAUACGACAAAAACAACAAUAAAUAGUUUAACUAAUCAUUCAGAUGAAAAAUACCAGUCAUGUAAUAAUGUUCAACGUCAUCCAAAACGUCGUCGUCCAACAGAUUCUGGAAAUAGCGAUGAUCAUGAACAAAAACAGUGUGUAGAACAUAAAAAACAACCAUCUCAUCUUCAGACAUCAGAUGUUAGUUGUACUAAUCAAAAAUUAUUAUUAUCAAAUUGUUAUGAUAAUAAUAUAUCGCAUACACGUCGAAUGUCAUUAUCAUCAGCACAUUCAAUUUGUAUGUCGUCCGAGGAUGAAACUUGUUUUCAAUUACACGAAGCAGAUAUUAAUCAUAAAAAUCGUAACAGCAAUAAAUCGUUUGGUUCAAAUUCUCAUGUUGAACAAAUUGAAAAUAAUGAUCAAUCACUAAAAAAUGAUAAUGUUACUAGUGAACAGUCAAUAUCAACGACGAUUUUAGAUAGUUUACAACGCAAAAAACAUCAACGAAAACCACCACGUUUGAAACAACAAAGUGAAACAACAAUAAGAAAAUCGAAUGAAAAUGGUUUAGCGAACAAUGCUAUAUUGAGUAUUUCAGUUAAAAAUGAACCGUAUGAUGCGGAUGAUGAUAGCGAUAAACAACAGACGAAUAAAAAAUCAGAACAUCUAGGCACAAUCGAUGCAAAAUUAUCUAUGCAAGAGGAAAAGUCUAAUAAUUUAUCAUCUAUAUUACCUGAAUCAUCUUUAACUGCAACAACACUAACACCAGCAUCAUCCAGUGUUUCGACAUCGAGUCCAUCUUAUUAUUGGCUUCAUGAAGCAUUUCGAACAUUAUUGCCCACAUCUGCAGGAAAUCAAGCUAUUUAUCCUAAUUUUUCAGAUGCAACAUCAUCUAAUAAAUUAUCACCGUAUAGAAAUACGGCAACAUUUUCAUCACCACAUAUAAGUGAGUUAAAAAAAAAUGUUAAAAUCAAAACUUCCAUGCAUCCUUUAUUUUUUAUUAUAGAUCAGUAUGGAUUAUUAUCCACGUCAAGUGGUACAGUAUCAUCAAAUACUAAUAACAGCCCAUUACUAUCAUCGAGUUCGUAUUUGUCUGCGAUUGCAAAUCACAAUAAAUCACCAACAAACUCAUCUCCUACAUCUUUGCACAGUGGUAGCAUCAGUAAAGAGUCAAUUUUAAUAACAACGGCAACAUCAUCAACACCUACGAGCACUUGUUCUACUCCACUUUUGUCUAAUUGUAAUUCAAAUGGCGCUACAACACCAAAUAAUGGCACUAAAAGUGGAGAUAUGACACAAACAUCUUUAUCAACAAUUAGUUCAAAUUCAUUAUUACAGCAGCAAAGAAUAAAGCGUGAACGACGAAAUGAUACAUGUGAAUUUUGUGGAAAAGUGUUUAAAAAUUGUAGCAAUCUUACUGUACAUCGUCGCUCUCAUACAGGAGAGAAGCCGUACAAGUGUGAGUUAUGCAAUUAUGCAUGUGCUCAAUCAUCAAAGUUAACACGUCAUAUGAAAACACAUGGUCGCGGUGGAACCGAAGCAUUUCAUUGUCGUUAUUGUACAAUGCCAUUUUCUGUUGCAAGUACAUUAGAAAAACAUAUGAGAAGAUGUGAUAAAAAUCCACAAAUAUUAGCGGUUUUUAAUCAACAAGCAGUAGAUAAAGCUGGUAUGGGUGGAUAUUCAUCACAGGUCGAUUUAUUAUCAACAACAGUCACACAAAAUCGAACGUCAAUGAUGAAUGAUCAAAUUAAAAGUGAAUUUUGCAUUGAUACAUCAACAAUGAGCGAAGAUGAUAACGAUGAAGAGGAAGAGGAAGAGGAACAGAUAGAAGAUGGUAACAAUCAUCAAAUAAUCGAAGAAUCAUAA